AUUUUCAUUAUAUUGAUAAAAAGAAUUUUAUUCCAAAAUGUAUCGCACAGCAAUUUUUCCAAAGUAUGCUACAUUUUAUCCACAUACGAAGGCUGCUCAUCUUUCAUAAUAAAUGAACAAAGAAAAUAUACGCAAAAGACAUACAAAAAAGUUACUCAUUGCUUAUUUGAUUUAGAUGGGACCGUUCUUGAUUCAGAAGUUAUUUAUCAUAAAAUAAUUAAACAAAUAUGUAAUAAAUACGGUAAAAAAUAUACGAAGGAACUAGAAAUAAAGAUGUAUGGCGAAACCGAUCGGGAGAUAUGUCUGACCGUGGUCAAACAACUAAAAUUACCGAUAUCUGCUGAUGAAUUUGAACUACAAUUACAUUAUUUGGCUCUAAAGCUAUUACCCGGUGCGCCGCUUCAGAAAGGUGCCGAACGUCUAUUAAAUCAUCUUCACGAUUGUAAAAUACCAAUGGCUCUAGCGACCAAUUCUACUGAGCAAGCUGUUAGAUUGCAUGCUACUAUUCGACCCAAACUAUUUGGCAUGUUUCACCAUAAGGUAAGCGUGACCGAUCCAGAAGUGGACAGGGGCAAACCAAAUCCAGAUAUAUACCUCGUCGCUGCUUCGAGGUUCCGUGAAAAGCCUAAACCAAUUCAAUGUCUUGUCUUCGAGGACUCCGCAAUUGGAGUCGAAGCUGCAAAAGAAGCUGGCAUGCAGGUUGUAAUGAUACCUGAUUCGCGUCUGGGCCGCGAACAAACCCGAAUAGCAACACUAGUUAUACGCUCACUAUUGGAUUUCAAGCCGGAAUUAUUUGGCUUGCCUCCUUUUGAUAAUAUUCCUAAAAGGAACAGUAGGAUCUAA